CAUAGAGAGAGCAUUUGUGCCAUGGCUUACGUGCUAAGUGAUCACAGAUCCUUCAGUGGCUUUUCAAGGUAACCCAAGAAGAAGAAGCCAAAGAAACAGCUUCAACAGUCCAAAAAAAACCAGUUUGUAAGGAUCUGGUUCUGCACAAAAAGAGUGGCAGUUAUAGGAGAUCUAAAAGAUCUGAAAUCAGUGAAGUGGAAUGGGAGGAUUAUUCCAGGACAUGCUUUUAUAGCACUCUAAACCUAAAGAUACUUGGAAGCUUUCAUAAGAACAAGGGUUGGCUGCAAGAAGUGAUCAUAAAAGAAGAAGAGCUUAUGGGUCACAAGGGGGAUGUAGCUGUUGCCCAUGUAGGCAAUAAGGUUCUUCCAAUAUCUGAUGCAAUAACAAAACCUGCUACUGCAAAUGAUCAUCAAUGUGAUCAGUCAUCAGAGAAGAGAGAUAAGCCCAAGGGGAAUAAGGCUAAAGCCAUCUCUAGAAUGAAGGAGCUACUGAGAUGGGCUUCUGCUACUAAGGCUGAGAAGGGUGGAAAUUACAUCAGUAGAAAGGUUUUGUACUUCCGAACCCGUGGUGCUCUCAAAGCAGCAGCACAUGAUGAUGAUUCAAGCUUAAGCUCUCCCAAGAUCAGCUUCAGAUGGGAUGUUGGCAGCUGUUCUACUAACUCCUCUGCUUACUCUGGGUUUUCAUUCACAUCAUCUUCGACGAAAACUGAUAGAAGACAGAUCAAGCCUGUGAUCCAUUCCGCAGUCAGCGAUGUUUCAGAUCUCGAUUUGAGUAUAAAGGAUGCAAUAGCAUCUACCCAAGAGAGUGAAAAUUGCACUUCUAGAAGAGGAGGAAAUUGGAUCACCACAGAUGAUGAAUUUGUGGUGCUAGAGCUCUGAAAUAGAAGUAGAAAAAAAUAUCUAAAGAUGGCUAAUGGUUUCAAUUUCAUCAAUUGUUUUGCCAUUGGUGGUAUGUUGAUCCAUACAGUAUUAAGCUUCUCCAAGGUGCAUCAUGAAGAUGCCAUGAAACUUCAACAUCAGGUGCUAAAAGAGCUAGUAUUGUAAUAGUUUAAAUUGCCAAUUGGAUGCCGAGCGGCUACGUUCAUUGUAAUUUUAUUGCAGGAUCAAAUCAAAAUUAAGCAAACAAUUUAUAUGA